CCAUCGUCAAGACAGCCCUUCGCUCUCUCAGUCUCUGACACACACACACACAAACACAAACACUGCUCGGCGAAACAGUCGGAGCGAUGAGCAAGCCACAUGGCCAUCGGCCACCCUCCGGCCGGACCAACCUGGCCUCGUGCAUAGUGGCCACCAUCUUCCUCAUCUUCGUAGUCAUCAUCAUCCUCAUCGUCUACUUCACCGUCUUCAAGCCCCACGACCCCAAGAUCUCCGUCAACGCCGUCCAGCUCCCGUCGUUCUCCAUAGCCAACGGCACCGCCACCUUCACCUUCUCACAGUACGCCGCCAUCCGAAACCCCAACCGCGCCGUCUUCUCCCACUACGACAGCACCCUCCAGCUCGUCUACUCCGGCUCCCAAGUCGGCUUCAUGUUCAUCCCCGCCGGCAAGAUCGACCCCGGUCAGACCCAGUACAUGGCCGCCACCUUCUCCGUCCAGUCCUUCCCCUUGACGGCCCCGGAAACCGUCGGAGCCAUGGGGCCCCAGCUCGCCACCGGUGGGUUCCGCAUCAGCCCGACGAUGGAGAUCGAGUCGAGGAUGGAGCUGGUGGGUCGCGUUCGGGUCCUGCACUUCUUCACCCACCACGUGCAGUCUCGGGCCGGGUGUAAGGUUGUCAUAGCGGUGAGUGAUGGCUCUGUGUUAGGAUUCCACUGCUAAUUCUUUUUCUUUUUCUUUUUUGGGUAAUUGUAGUUAGUUUUUUAAAUUUUUAAUUUUUUUCUUUAUCUUUUGUAGAGAGGGUUUUGGGGAAUUUAAUUUUGUGUGACCCAAUUGGUUGGAAAAAGUGUAAAAAAAGAAGAAAUUAAUUUUCUGAUUAGAACUUGCAUUUGGGCAUUUGAGCUUUGUAGUAGUGGGUUCAAAAUUAUGAACUUGCUGUAAUUAUUAGUGAGAUGUUUUUGUCAAGUUUGUGGAUAA